GGGUCACCCUAAGGAGGGGCCACGCAGAUUUAAAUGCUUGUGGCGCGGGGCUCGGGUGUGGAGGGAGCAGAGAGACCGCGGACGCCGCCGCACCAGCCCUUGUCACACGCAGCAGGUCACACGUGAACCUUAAGCAAGUUCUGCACUCACCAGUUGUCCGUGAUGAACGGCCAACCCCCUCCUCGUGAUGUCGUGAUUGCCAACGGCAUUGAGCAGCCCAUUGUCCCUAAAAUCAUGAAGCACCAGUUGGAAGCCGGCACCCAUUCCAGGCCCCAAGCAGAGGCUGCCCCACCUACCACAGCCGGAAGUAUUGCUGGGGUGUAUGUGGAGGCCUCAGGGCAGACCCAGAGCUUCUAUGAUGCCAUGAAGCAGGGCCUCCUGCCUACUGGGCUUGGGCUGGCCUUGCUUGAGUCCCAGGCAGCCACUGGGGGCCUUGUGGACCUUGCCCAGGGCCAGAUGCUUCCUGUGUCUGAGGCCCUAAGGCAGGGUCUGGUGGGCCUGGAGCUAAAGGAGAAAUUGUUGGCUGCUGAGCGUGCAGUUACUGGCUAUCCUGACCCCUAUGGGGGUGGAAAGCUGGCCCUCUUCCAGGCCAUCAGGAAGGAAAUUGUGGAUAAGACCCUGGGGAGGAGAUGGCUGGAGGCCCAAUUAGCUACUGGGGGCCUGGUGGACCCAACCCAAGGUGUACGAGUGCCCCCAGAGGUAGCCUGCCAGCAGGGCCUUUUAGACAAGGAGACAUGGCUCAGCCUGGUGGAGUCAGAGCCCAGCAUGGAUGCCCCAGGUUUUCUUGACCCCAAUACCUUGGAACAGCUGCCAUACGGCAUGCUGUUGGGUAGGUGUGUACAAGACCCCAGCUCAGGGCUGCUCCUAUUGCCCUUGAAGACCACCUUCCACACCCUGGGGGGAGCAGCCAGCGCCUCCAUGCUGCUGGAGGCAGGAGUACUGGAUGAGGAGACAGUCCGCGGCCUGCAGGAGGGCACACUGGUGGUGUCAGAUGUGGGCACACGCCCGGAGGUGCAACGCUAUCUGGAGGGCGUUGGAGGGUUGGCCGGGGUUGUCCUGCUGCCUGGAGGCCACAAGAAGAGCUUCUUCCAGGCUGCAGGGGAACACUUGCUCUCAAAGAGCAUUGCACUACAACUCUUAGAGGCUCAGGCUGCUACCCGCACCCUUGUGCACCCCGCCACAGGUCAGCGUCUGUGGGUGGAAGAGGCAGUCAGGGAAGGUCUGGUCGGCCCAGAACUCCAUGAGCAGCUCCUGGUUGCAGAGCAGGCAGUAACUGGGUAUUAUGACCCCUUCAGCGGCUCCCGCAUCCCCCUUUUCCAGGCAAUGAAGAAGGAGCUUGUGGACCAGCCGCUGGCUCUGCGCCUCCUGGAUGCCCAGCUGGCCACAGGUGGGCUUAUAUGCCCCUCCCGCAGAUUCCGGCUGCCCCUGGAGGCUGCCCUGCGCUUUGGCUGCCUGGAUGAAGAGACUCAGCAACGUCUCUCUCAGGCAAUGAGCUUUUCAGAUCCCACCACACAUGACAGCCUUCGCUAUGAACAGCUGUUGGUCCGCUCUGUCACUGACCCAGAGACGGGGCUGGCCUUCCUCCCUCUCCCUGGAGAGCCCCAUGCAAAGGAGCCCCAGGGACCCACAUUUAUUGAUCACUGUACUCGACAGGCCUUGAGCAAAGCCACAACCUCCGUCUCUGUAGGGAGGUUCCAGGGCCGGCCUGUAUCCCUCUGGGAAGUGCUCUUUUUUGAGGCAGUGCCCGUUAAACAGAGGGCAAUGCUUGCCCAGCAGUUCCAGAAAGGGGCCCUGUCAAUGGAGGAGCUGGCCGCUGAGCUGAAGGCCAUUGUUGAGCAGGCUGCAGCCACUGCCAAAGUCACCUUUGCUGGGUUGAGGGACACGGUGACCCCGGGAGACCUGUUGGAGGCUGAGAUAAUCAACCAGGACCUGUUUGAGCAGCUGGAACGAGGACAGACCUCAGCCCAGGAUGUGGGCAGCCUGGACUCGGUGCAGAGGUACCUGCAGGGCACAGGAUGCAUUGCAGGUCUACUGCUACCUGACUCCCAGGAACGCCUUAGUAUCUAUGAGGCCCGUAGCAAGGGGCUCCUCAGACCCGGCACUGCCCUGAUCUUGCUUGAGGCCCAGGCCGCCACAGGCUUUAUCAUUGACCCAAAAGAGAACAAGAGAUACUCUGUGGAGGAGGCACUAAGGGCUGGUGUCAUCGGACCUGAUGUAUAUGCAAAGCUGCUGUCCGCCGAGCGCGCUGUCACCGGCUACACGGACCCCUACUCUGGGGAGCAGAUCUCCCUCUUCCAGGCCAUGCAGAGGGAGCUCAUCGUCAGGGACCAUGGCAUCCGCCUGCUGGAGGCCCAGAUCGCCACCGGUGGCGUCAUCGACCCUGUGCACAGUCACCGUGUGCCCGUGGAGGUGGCCUACCAGCGUGGCUACUUCGAUCAGAUGCUGAACUCUAUCCUGUUGGACCCAUCUGACGACACCAAGGGUUUCUUCGACCCCAACACACACGAGAACCUCACCUACCUGCAGCUGCUGGAGCGCUGUGUGCAUGACUCCGAGACGGGCCUGCACCUCCUGCCGCUUAGUAGCACACGACCCCAACUGGUAGAUAGCUCCACUCGGCAGGCCCUCCAGAACCUACUGCUAUUUGUGAAAUACGGACGGUUCCGGGGGCAGCGAGUGUCCGCCUGGGAGCUCAUUAACUCGGAAUACUUCAGAGAGGACCAGAGGAGGCAGCUGCUGCGGCGUUAUCGGCAGCGCAAGGUCACCCUGGAGCAGGUCGCUCAGCUGCUGGAGAAAGAGAUGAAGAGGUGGGCGGAUGUCACGUUGCCUGCAUUGAGGGGCCGGGUCACUGCCUACCAGCUCUUCGAAGCCCGCAUCAUCACCCAGGAGCUCCUGGACCAGGUGCUGACCGGGGCGCUCAGCCCAGAUUCCCUCCUUCACAGGGAUGAUGUUCACAGGUCCCUUCAGGGCUCAGGCACCGUGGGCGGUGUGCUGUUACAGCCCUCCAACCAGCGGGUCAGUCUCUACCAGGCCAUGAAGCAGAAGUUGCUGGCCCCUGGGGUAGCACUGGCCUUGCUGGAGGCCCAAGCGGCCACCGGAGCCAUCACAGACCCCUGUGGCAUGGAGACCCUGUCAGUAGAUGAGGCUGUGAGCAGGGGAGUGGUGGGGGCAGAGGUGUAUGGCAAGCUGAAGCGGGCAGAGCAGUCUAUCACUGGCUACAGAGACCCCUUUUCUGGAAAAAAGGUGCCCCUGUUCAGGGCCAUGAAGAAGGGCCUUGUUCCUAUGGAGCAGGCAACCCGCCUGUUAGAGGCCCAGGUGUCCACAGGAGGAGUCAUUGAUCCCACAACCCACCUCCACCUCCCCAUGCCCGUGGCAGUCGAGCGUGGCUGCCUUGAUCAAGAGAUGGAGGUGGCCUUGUCCAGCUCUCCUGAGACCUUUCCCACCCCUGAUGGCCGGGGACACACCAGUUACGCCCAGCUUCUGGAACAGUGUCUCCAGGAUAAAGCCUCCGGGCUUCACCUCCUGCCCCUGACGGAAGAUGCUCCUGUUAUCCCCACUGACACAGAGAUCCAGGAGACCCUGCAAGCAUCAGCUGGCACUGAGGAUGGUUUGUCCCUCUGGGAUCUGCUUACCUCUUGCCACUUUACCGAGGAACAGCGCAAGGGCUUCCUUGAGGAUGUGAGGGUUGGGAAGAUGUCUGUGUCACAGCUACAGGACAUGGUGCGUAGUUGGGUACACGCAGCAAAGCUCCUGGCCCAGGCCCGCAUCACUGUGCCAGGCCCGCGGGGUGAGGUCCCUGCCAUUUGGCUACGAGAUACUGGUAUUAUUACUCAAGAGACACUGGAAGCAUUGGCCCAGGGCAUAGAAUCACCUGCUGAGGUAGCCAAACAGCCUGCUCUGAAGGCCUGCCUCUGGGGCACAGGCUGUGUGGCCGGCGUGCUUCUGCAGCCCUCGGGGACCAAGUUGAGCAUUGCCCAGGCUGUAAGGGAUGGCCUCCUGCCCACAGGCCUGGGCCAGCAGCUGCUGGAGGCCCAAGUGGCAUCUGGCUUCCUCGUCAACCCACUAACCAACCAGAGAUUGUCAGUGGAGGGUGCAGUGAAGGCCGGCCUGGUAGGCCGGGAGCUGAGUGAACAGCUUCAGCAGGCAGAGAGAGCUGUCACAGGAUACUCAGACCCUUACUCGGGAGGCUCCCUUUCUCUAUGGCAGGCCAUGGAGAAGGGACUUGUCCCCAAGAGUGAGGCCUUUCCUCUCCUACAAGUCCAGCUGGCCACGGGGGGUGUUGUGGACCCUGUCCAUGGAGUGCACCUGCCCCAGGCAGUGGCCUGCAAGCUUGGCCUCCUGGAUGAGCAGACAUGCCGGGUGCUGACUGCCCCUGAGGAGGAAAACAAACUCUUCUUUGAUCCCAACGCCCGUGAAAAGGUGACAUACCAUCAGCUCAAGGAACUCUGCGUGCUGGAUGCUGACACUGGCCUGCGGCUGCUACCACUGCCCCAGGAGACUGUGCUUGAAGUGGACGACCACACCGCAGUGGCACUGAGGGCGAUGAAGGUGCCCAUCGGCAUGGGGAGGUUCCAAGGACACAGCGUGUCCCUCUGGGACCUGCUACACUCUGAGUAUGUUGGAGCUGAAAAGCGGCGGGAACUGGUGGCACUUUGUUGUUCCGGGCGGGCUGCUGCCCUGCGGCAGGUCAUCAGCAUGGUCACCACUCUGGUGGAGGCUGCGGAGAAGCAGCCCCCACAGGCCACCUUCAAAGGGCUCCGGAAACAGGUCUCCGCUGGGGACUUGUUUAGGUCCCAGCUGAUCAACAAGCAGACACUGGAUGAGCUCAAUCAGGGGAAGAGGACGGUCCAGGAGGUGACAGAGAUGGACAGUGUGAAGAGGUCCCUGGAAGGUGGCAACUUCAUCGCUGGGGUCCUUAUUCGGGGUACAAAAGAGAAGAUGAGUAUCCCAGAGGCCUUGAGAAGGCACAUUCUGAGGCCAGGCACAGCCCUGGUGCUGCUCGAGGCCCAGGCAGCCACCGGUUACAUCAUCGACCCUGUGGAGAACCGGAAGCUAACGGUAGAGCAGGCCUUCCAGGCAGGGAUGUUUGGCAAGGAAACCUAUAUGAAGCUGCUGUCAGCUGAGCGUGCUGUCACCGGCUACACGGACCCCUACACUGGGGAGCAGAUCUCCCUCUUCCAGGCCAUGCAGAGGGAGCUCAUCGUCAGGGACCAUGGCAUCCGCCUGCUGGAGGCCCAGAUUGCCACGGGUGGCAUCAUCGACCCUGUGCACAGCCACCGCGUGCCCGUGGACGUGGCCUACCAGCGUGGCUACUUCGAUGAGGAGAUGAACCGCAUCUUGGCUGACCCGAGUGACGACACCAAGGGCUUCUUCGACCCCAACACGCACGAGAACCUCACCUACCUGCAGCUGCUGGAGCGCUGUGUGGAGGACCCCGAGACGGGCCUGUACAUGUUGGAAAUUGUAAAGAAGGGAGAAAACUACGCGUACGUUGACGAGGCCACAAGAAAAGCUCUGCGAUCCAGAACUGUGAAAAUGUACGUCGGGAAGUUUGCAGGCCAGACGGUGUCGGUGUGGGACCUGCUGUCGUCACAGUACUUCACAGAAGGAAGGAAAAGGAAGCUUUUGCAGGAGUACAGAGCCCAGAACAAAAGCCUCGAGGAACUGCUGGAGGUUAUCACCGCCGCCGUGGAAGAAACAGAGAAGCAAAACCAAGUAUUCAAGGUGGCAGGCAUCCAUGGUGACGUGACCGCUGCGGAACUGUUCAACUCUGGGAUCCUUGAUAAGAAGACCCUGGAUGGGCUUCACAGUGGAGACAGAGGGUGCCAGGAUCUCCGCCAGCUGGAGCAGGUCAAGCCCUACCUGGAAGGCAGCAGCUGCAUUGCUGGGGUGACGGCACCCGUCACCCAGGAGGUAAUGAGCUUCUAUGAGGCCAGCAAGGAAGAGCUCAUCCCAGCAGGAUUUGCAGCCCAGUUGCUGGAGGCACAGGCUGCUACUGGGUAUCUCAUGGACCCCCGCAGCCACCAGAGGCUGGGGGUGGACGAGGCCAUAGCCGCUGGCCUGGUGGGCGAAGACCUGAGAGAAAGGCUUUUGAACGCUGAGAAGGCAGCUAAGGGCUACAAAGACCCAGCCACAGGGGAGACCAUCCCACUCUUCCAGGCCAUGGAGAAGAAGUUGGUGAGGAGGGAGGAGGCCCUGAGGCUGCUGGAGGUACAGGUGGCCACAGGCGGGGUCAUUGACCCUGCGCACCACCACCGAGUCCCCCUGGACACGGCGUGCAGGCGCGGCUGUCUGGGUGAUGAGACAGUGGUACUCAUAGCUGAUCAGAAGCUCAUGAGGAAAAGGUUUGUGGAUCCCAACACCCAGGAGAAGGUCACCUACCAGGAGCUCCAGGACAGGUGCCAGAGAGAGGAGAAGUCAGGCUGGGCUCUGUUCCCAGUGGUCAAGGACAAAAAGGACAUGGAGUAUGUCGACGAGGCCACCAAAAGGGCUCUGGAGGCAGAGCAGGUGGAGGUGACGGUGGGGAGGUACAGAGGCCAGAGGCGAUCGGUGUGGGAGCUGCUGAACUCGGAGUAUGUGUCAGAGGAGAAAAAGAUUGAACUGGUGAAGUUGUACAAAGAGAACACAGCCCGGGCCCUGAAGAAAGUAGUAGAAGUUAUUCUGCAAAUGAUUGCAGAGAAGGAGGGGAAAAACAGGCAGAUCUGGUUCCGAGGACUACGGACGCAGGUCACAGCAGAGGAAUUGCUCAGCUCAGCGGUCAUCACAAGACAGACUCUGAAGGACCUGGAGGAAGGAAGAACCACAGUAGACCAGAUCGAAAGAAAUGAAGAUGUAAAAAAAUACCUCAAGGGCACCAGCUGCAUUGCGGGUGUCCUGGUGCCCGUCCGGGGAGAGCCUGGCCGUCAGGAGAAGAUGAGCAUCUAUCAGGCCAUGUGGAAGGGCUUACUGAGGCCUGGCACAGCCCUGGUACUGCUGGAGGCUCAGGCGGCCACCGGCUUCAUCAUCGAUCCAGUGCAUGACCGAAGAAUGUCUGUGGAGGAGGCCGUGGCAGCAGGCGUGGUGGGUGGCGAGGUCCAGGAAAAGCUGCUGUCAGCUGAGCGAGCUGUCACUGGCUACAGGGACCCCUACACUGGGGAGCAGAUAUCCCUCUUCCAGGCCAUGCAGAGGGACCUCAUAGUCAAGGACCAUGGCAUCCGCCUGCUGGAGGCCCAGAUUGCCACGGGUGGUGUGAUCGACCCUGUACACAGCCACCGUGUGCCCGUGGAUGUGGCCUACCAGCGUGGCUACUUUGACCAGGAGAUGAACAGCAUCUUGGCAGAUCCUGGUGAUGAUACCAAGGGCUUCUUCGACCCCAACACACACGAGAACCUCACCUACCUACAGCUGCUUCGGCGCUGCGUGCGGGAUCCAGAGACUGGCUUCUACAUGCUGCAGCUGGCAGAGAGGGGAUCCACUGUGCACCAGCUGAGUGAGGAACUGAGACGUGCCCUUCGUGAAGCCCGAGUGACCCCAGGCACAGGCGACUUCCAGGGCCAAAGCAUCUCUGUCUGGGAGCUUCUCUUCUACCGCGAGGUGCCCGAGAGCCUGCGCCAGGACCUGCUGCGCCGCUACCAAGCUGGUGGGCUCACCGUUCAGGAUAUGAGUACCACCCUCAUCUCACUGCUGGCCCGGGGAACCAAGGAUGGGAGCCCACCUGUAGAUCCCCAAAAAACCCUUGGUAAGGCCACCAUGGAGGUAAAAGUGGGUCAUCUCCGGGGACAAGGGGUGCCAGUUUGGGACGUUCUGACUUCCAACUAUGUGAACGUGGACACCCGGAAGGAGCUGCUGGCCCAGUUCAGCUCUGGGAAACUGACUCUGCCCAUGCUGACCCGAAGACUGACCACCAUCAUUGAGGAAGCCGAGGAGACUCAGGAGUCCAGUCCAAAGAAGACUGUUGCCUCACUUCAGCAACAGGAGACUGUGGCCAGAAGCUCAGGCACCUUCCCAGACAAGGACAAGGUGGAGGACAUUGCCAGGCAGAAUCAGGAGCAGGCUCUGCGUGCCGCCACCAUGGAGGUGCAGCGUGGGCAGUUCCGUGGCAAGCCAGUUUCAGUGUGGCAGGUCCUAUUCUCCUCAUACCUGAGUGAGACCCGCCGAGAGGAACUCCUUGCCCAGCACCUGGCUGGUACCCUGGGUCUGCAUGACCUCAUCACCAUUCUUACCCAGGUCAUCGAGGAGACAGAAGAUGGGCUCAGCAGGGUGUCUUUCCGGGGUCUGAGGCGCCAGGUAUCUGCAUCUGAGAUGCAAACAUCUGGGAUCAUAGACCCCGAGACCCUGAGGGAACUGGCACAAGGGACCAAGACCCUUCAAGAGGUGACUGAGAUGGAUUCUGUCAAGCGCUACCUGGAAGGAACCAGCUGCAUUGCGGGUGUCCUGGUGCCCGUCCAGGGAGAGCCUGGCCGUCAGCAGAAGAUGAGCAUCUAUCAGGCCAUGUGGAAGGGCUUGCUGAGGCCUGGCACAUCCCUGGUACUGCUGGAGGCUCAGGCGGCCACCGGCUUCAUCAUCGAUCCAGUGCUCAACCGCAAACUCUCUGUGGAGGAGGCCGUGGCAGCAGGCGUGGUGGGUGGCGAGGUCCAAGAGAAGCUGCUAUCAGCUGAGCGAGCUGUCACUGGCUACAGGGACCCCUACACUGGGGAGCAGAUCUCCCUCUUCCAGGCCAUGCAGAGGGACCUCAUAGUCAAGGACCAUGGCAUCCGCCUGCUGGAGGCCCAGAUCGCCACGGGUGGCGUCAUCGACCCCGUACACAGCCACCGUGUGCCCGUGGAUGUGGCCUACCAACGUGGCUACUUUGACCAGGAGAUGAACAGCAUUUUGGCAGAUCCUGGUGAUGAUACCAAGGGCUUCUUCGACCCCAACACACACGAGAACCUCACCUACCUACAGCUGCUUUGGCGCUGCGUGCGGGAUCCAGAGACUGGCUUCUACAUGCUGCAGCUGGCAGAGAAGGGAUCCACUGUGCACCAGCUGAGUGAGGAACUGAGACGUGCCCUUCGUGAAGCCCGAGUGACCCCAGGCACAGGCGACUUCCAGGGCCAAAGCGUCUCUGUCUGGGAGCUUCUCUUCUACCGCGAGGUGCCCGAGAGCCUGCGCCAGGACCUGCUGCGCCGCUACCAAGCUGGUGGGCUCACCGUUCAGGAUAUGAGUACCACCCUCAUCUCACUGCUGGCCCGGGGAACCAAGGAUGGGAGCUCACCUGUAGAUCCCCAAGGAACCCUUGGUAAGGCCACCAUGGAGGUAAAGGUGGGUCAUCUCCGAGGCCGAGGGGUUCCCGUUUGGGACGUUCUGACUUCCAACUAUGUGAACGUGGACACCCGGAAGGAUCUUCUGGCCCAGUUCAGCUCUGGGAAACUGACUCUGCCCAUGCUGACCCGAAGACUGACCACCAUCAUUGAGGAAGCCGAGGAGACUCAGGAGUCCAGUCCAAAGAUGACUGUUGCCUCACUUCAGCAACAGGAGACUGGGGCCAGAAGCUCAGGCACCUUCCCAGACAAGGACAAGGUGGAGGACAUUGCCAGGCAGAAUCAGGAGCAGGCUUUGCGUGCCGCCACCAUGGAGGUGCAGCGUGGGCAGUUCCGUGGCAAGCCAGUUUCAGUGUGGCAGGUCCUAUUCUCCUCAUACCUGAGUGAGACCCGCCGAGAGGAACUCCUUGCCCAGCACCUGGCUGGUACCCUGGGUCUGCAUGACCUCAUCACCAUUCUUACCCAGGUCAUCGAGGAGACAGAAGAUCGGCUCAGCAGGGUGUCUUUCCAGGGUCUGAGGCGCCAGGUAUCUGCAUCUGAGAUGCAAACAUCUGUCAUAGACCCCGAGACCCUGAGGGAACUGGCACAAGGGACCAAGACCCUGCAAGAGGUGACUGAGAUGGAUUCUGUCAAGCGCUACCUGGAAGGCACCAGCUGCAUUGCGGGUGUCCUGGUGCCCGUCCAGGGAGAGCCUGGCCGUCAGCAGAAGAUGAGCAUCUAUCAGGCCAUGUGGAAGGGCUUGCUGAGGCCUGGCACAUCCCUGGUACUGCUGGAGGCUCAGGCGGCCACCGGCUUCAUCAUCGAUCCAGUGCUCAACCGCAAACUCUCUGUGGAGGAGGCCGUGGCAGCAGGCGUGGUGGGUGGCGAGGUCCAAGAGAAGCUGCUGUCCGCUGAGCGGGCUGUCACUGGCUACAGGGACCCCUACACUGGGGAGCAGAUCUCCCUCUUCCAGGCCAUGCAGAGGGACCUCAUAGUCAAGGACCAUGGCAUCCGCCUGCUGGAGGCCCAGAUCGCCACGGGUGGCGUCAUCGACCCCGUACACAGCCACCGUGUGCCCGUGGAUGUGGCCUACCAACGUGGCUACUUUGACCAGGAGAUGAACAGCAUUUUGGCAGAUCCUGGUGAUGAUACCAAGGGCUUCUUCGACCCCAACACACACGAGAACCUCACCUACCUACAGCUGCUUCGGCGCUGCGUGCGGGAUCCAGAGACUGGCUUCUACAUGCUGCAGCUGGCAGAGAAGGGAUCCACUGUGCACCAGCUGAGUGAGGAACUGAGACGUGCCCUUCGUGAAGCCCGAGUGACCCCAGGCACAGGCGACUUCCAGGGCCAAAGCGUCUCUGUCUGGGAGCUUCUCUUCUACCGCGAGGUGCCCGAGAGCCUGCGCCAGGACCUGCUGCGCCGCUACCAAGCUGGUGGGCUCACCGUUCAGGAUAUGAGUACCACCCUCAUCUCACUGCUGGCCCGGGGAACCAAGGAUGGGAGCCCACCUGUAGAUCCCCAAGGAACCCUGGGUAAGGCCACCAUGGAGGUAAAGGUGGGUCAUCUCCGGGGACAAGGUGUGCCAGUUUGGGACGUUCUGACAUCCAACUAUGUGAACGUGGACACCCGGAAGGAGCUGCUGGCCCAGUUCAGCUCUGGGAAACUGACUCUGCCCAUGCUGACCCGAAGACUGACCACCAUCAUUGAGGAAGCCGAGGAGACUCAGGAGUCCAGUCCAAAGCUGACUGUUGCCUCACUUCAGCAACAGGAGACUGGGCCCAGAAGCUCAGGCACCUUCCCAGACAAGGACAAGGUAGAGGACAUUGCCAGGCAGAAUCAGGAGCAGGCUCUGCGUGCCGCCACCAUGGAGGUGCAGCGAGGGCAGUUCCGUGGCAAGCCAGUUUCAGUGUGGCAGGUCCUAUUCUCCUCAUACCUGAGUGAGACCCGCCGAGAGGAACUCCUUGCCCAGCACCUGGCUGGUACCCUGGGUCUGCAUGACCUCAUCACCAUUCUUACCCAGGUCAUCGAGGAGACAGAAGAUCGGCUCAGCAGGGUGUCUUUCCGGGGUCUGAGGCGCCAGGUAUCUGCAUCAGAGAUGCAAACAUCUGGGAUCAUAGACCCCGAGACCCUGAGGGAACUGGCACAAGGGACCAAGACCCUUCAAGAGGUGACUGAGAUGGAUUCUGUCAAGCGCUACCUGGAAGGCACCAGCUGCAUUGCGGGUGUCCUGGUGCCCGUCCAGGGAGAGCCUGGCCGUCAGCAGAAGAUGAGCAUCUAUCAGGCCAUGUGGAAGGGCUUGCUGAGGCCUGGUACCUCCCUGGUACUGCUGGAGGCACAGGCGGCCACCGGCUUCAUCAUCGAUCCAGUGCUCAACCGCAAACUGUCUGUGGAGGAGGCCGUGGCAGCAGGCGUGGUGGGUAGCGAGGUCCAAGAGAAGCUCCUGUCAGCUGAGCGAGCUGUGACUGGCUACAGGGACCCCUACUCUGGGGAGCAGAUAUCCCUCUUCCAGGCCAUGCAGAGGGACCUCAUUGUGAAGGACCAUGGCAUCCGCCUGCUGGAGGCCCAGAUUGCCACGGGUGGCGUCAUUGACCCCGUACACAGCCACCGUGUGCCCGUGGAUGUGGCCUACCAACGUGGCUACUUUGACCAGGAGAUGAACAGCAUCUUGGCAGAUCCUGGUGAUGAUACCAAGGGCUUCUUCGACCCCAACACACACGAGAACCUCACUUACCUACAGCUGCUUCGGCGCUGCGUGCGGGAUCCAGAGACUGGUUUCUACAUGCUGCAGCUGGCAGAGAAGGGAUCCACUGUGCACCAGCUGAGUGAGGAACUGAGACGUGCCCUUCGUGAAGCCCGAGUGACCCCAGGCACAGGCGACUUCCAGGGCCAAAGCAUCUCUGUCUGGGAGCUUCUCUUCUACCGCGAGGUGCCCGAGAGCCUGCGCCAGGACCUGCUGCGCCGCUACCAAGCUGGUGGGCUCACCGUUCAGGAUAUGAGUACCACCCUCAUCUCACUGCUGGCCCGGGGAACCAAGGAUGGGAGCCCACCUGUAGAUCCCCAAGGAACCCUGGGUAAGGCCACCAUGGAGGUAAGAGUGGGUCAUCUCCGAGGCCGAGGGGUGCCAGUUUGGGACGUUCUGACUUCCAACUAUGUGAACAUGGACACCCGGAAGGAUCUUCUGGCCCAGUUCAGCUCUGGGAAACUGACUCUGCCCAUGCUGACCCGAAGACUGACCACCAUCAUUGAGGAAGCUGAGGAGACUCAGGAAUCCAAUCCAAAGCUGACUGUUGCCUCACUUAAGCAACAGGAGAAUGAGGCCAGAAGCUCAGGCACCUUCCCAGACAAGGACAAGGUGGAGGACAUUGCCAGGCAGAAUCAGGAGCAGGCUCUGCGUGCUGCCACCAUGGAGGUGCAGCGUGGGCAGUUCCGUGGCAAGCCAGUUUCAGUGUGGCAGGUCCUAUUCUCCUCAUACCUGAGUGAGACCCGCCGAGAGGAACUCCUUGCCCAGCACCUGGCUGGUACCCUGGGUCUGCAUGACCUCAUCACCAUUCUUACCCAGGUCAUCGAGGAGACAGAAGAUCGGCUCAGCAAGGUGUCUUUCCGGGGUCUGAGGCGCCAGGUAUCUGCAUCAGAGAUGCAAACAUCUGGGAUCAUAGACCCCGAGACCCUGCGGGAACUGGCACAAGGGACCAAGACCCUUCAAGAGGUGACUGAGAUGGAUUCUGUCAAGCGCUACCUGGAAGGCACCAGCUGCAUUGCGGGUGUCCUGGUGCCCGUCCAGGGAGAGCCUGGCCGUCAGCAGAAGAUGAGCAUCUAUCAGGCCAUGUGGAAGGGCUUGCUGAGGCCUGGGACAUCCCUGGUACUGCUGGAGGCUCAGGCGGCCACCGGCUUCAUCAUUGAUCCAGUGCUCAACCGCAAACUCUCUGUGGAGGAGGCCGUGGCAGCAGGCGUGGUGGGUGGCGAGGUCCAAGAGAAGCUGCUGUCCGCUGAGCGAGCUGUCACUGGCUACAGGGACCCCUACUCUGGGGAGCAGAUCUCCCUCUUCCAGGCCAUGCAGAGGGACCUCAUCGUCAAGGACCAUGGCAUCCGCCUGCUGGAGGCCCAGAUUGCCACGGGUGGCGUCAUCGACCCCAUACACAGCCACCGUGUGCCCGUGGAUGUGGCCUACCAACGUGGCUACUUUGACCAGGAGAUGAACAGCAUCUUGGCAGAUCCUGGUGAUGAUACCAAGGGCUUCUUCGACCCCAACACACACGAGAACCUCACCUACCUACAGCUGCUUCGGCGCUGCGUGCGGGAUCCAGAGACUGGCUUCUACAUGCUGCAGCUGGCAGAGAAGGGAUCCACUGUGCACCAGCUGAGUGAGGAACUGAGACGUGCCCUUCGUGAAGCCCGAGUGACCCCAGGCACAGGCGACUUUCAGGGCCAAAGCAUCUCUGUCUGGGAGCUUCUCUUCUACCGCGAGGUGCCCGAGAGCCUGCGCCAGGACCUGCUGCGUCGCUACCAAGCUGGUGGGCUCACCGUUCAGGAUAUGAGUACCACCCUCAUCUCACUGCUGGCCCGGGGAACCAAGGAUGGGGGCCCACCUGUAGAUCCCCAAAGAACCCUGGGUAAGGCCACCAUGGAGGUAAAGGUGGGUCAUCUCCGAGGCCGAGGGGUUCCAGUUUGGGACGUUCUGACUUCCAACUAUGUGAACAUGGACACCCGGAAGGAUCUUCUGGCCCAGUUCAGCUCUGGGAAACUGACUCUGCCCAUGCUGACCCGAAGACUGACCACCAUCAUUGAGGAAGCCGAGGAGACUCAGGAGUCCAGUCCAAAGCUGACUGUUGCCUCACUUCAGCAACAGGAGACUGGGCCCAGAAGCUCAGGCACCUUCCCAGACAAGGACAAGGUAGAGGACAUUGCCAGGCAGAAUCAGGAGCAGGCUCUGCGUGCCGCCACCAUGGAGGUGCAGCGAGGGCAGUUCCGUGGCAAGCCAGUUUCAGUGUGGCAGGUCCUAUUCUCCUCAUACCUGAGUGAGACCCGCCGAGAGGAACUCCUUGCCCAGCACCUGGCUGGUACCCUGGGUCUGCAUGACCUCAUCACCAUUCUUACCCAGGUCAUCGAGGAGACAGAAGAUCGGCUCAGCAGGGUGUCUUUCCGGGGUCUGAGGCGCCAGGUAUCUGCAUCAGAGAUGCAAACAUCUGGGAUCAUAGACCCCGAGACCCUGAGGGAACUGGCACAAGGGACCAAGACCCUUCAAGAGGUGACUGAGAUGGAUUCUGUCAAGCGCUACCUGGAAGGCACCAGCUGCAUUGCGGGUGUCCUGGUGCCCGUCCGGGGAGAGCCUGGCCGUCAGCAGAAGAUGAGCAUCUAUCAGGCCAUGUGGAAGGGUGUACUGAGGCCUGGCACAGCCCUGGUAUUGUUGGAGGCUCAGGCAGCCACCGGCUUUAUCAUUGACCCAGUGCUCAACCGCAGACUAUCUGUGAGCGAAGCUGUGGCAGCAGGCGUGGUGGGUGGCGAGAUCCAAGAGAAGCUGCUGUCUGCUGAGCGCGCUGUCACUGGCUACACGGACCCCUACACUGGGGAGCAGAUCUCCCUCUUCCAGGCCAUGCAGAGGGAUCUCAUAGUCAAGAAUCAUGGCAUCCGCCUGCUGGAGGCCCAGAUUGCCACGGGUGGCGUCAUCGACCCCGUACACAGCCACCGUGUGCCGGUGGAUGUGGCCUACCAACGUGGCUACUUUGAUGAGGAGAUGAACAGCAUUUUGGCAGAUCCUGGUGAUGAUACCAAGGGCUUCUUUGACCCCAACACACAUGAGAAUCUCACUUACCUACAGCUGUUGCAGAGAGCCACUCCUGACCCAGAGACUGGCUUAUUGUUUCUCUCCAUCUCUAAGCGCUGAAUGUUUUUAUUUUACUUUCUUAAAGGUACUUCUGUGCUUUCCUAGUCCUUUAGGUAGAUAAUCAUCAUCUCUGUAUACUUCUAUCUCUUCUUUAUCAGGGUUUAAUUUUAGGUUAUGCUCAUUUCUUUCUAUGGUUCCUGGUUUUAUUUUCCCAUGUAUGGCUUCCCUGUUUUUGUUGUUUUUCCUCUGCAGACUUCUUGUGGUUUUGGUU